CACGACAUUUUCUAUAUAAACUGGCCCUUUCACUCUUUCACACGCAUCGAAAUGCAUUUCUAUAAAUUUUAAAAUACAAUGAAUCGCCGACUCGGGCUCUCGGGCUUCACACCCCGCCCAAUCGGCGACCCCACAUUACCACACAUAUAAACUCCAACCUCAUCUCAGCGCACCUCACCUCAUCAACCUCACCAUCUCUAUCUUCCACAAAACAAACAAUUCCUACAAACAAAAUGUGCAAGAAAGCCACCUGCUCCAACUGCAACAAAACCACCUGGUGGGGUUGCGGAAGCCAUAUCCCCAGCGUCAUGGACGCAGUGACUCAGGAUGAGCGGUGCACGUGUACGCCGCAGGUUGAACGCGAGGGGAAGGCGUAUCCGCCUAAGGCGGAGAAUCCGUGACUGGCCGGUUGUGUGAUUCAGUGAGGGGGGGUUUA